CACUCCAACACGAAUGUUAAGUUGGCAAGCGGGGCACGGUUCAAUACAUAGCCUAACGUUGGGCUUCCCAGUGUUUACAUAUAUAGCAGAAAUAGGUAUUUUAUUCGAGUUAUACUUUAUCGAAAGACUAUGGGUAUCAAAGGCUGCGAGAUCCAACUGGAUAAUCCAUGGAACACAUACUACGCCGGACAAACAAUCAACGGCCAGGUCAAAGUUACAUUCGAUUCGCCCAAAAAAGUACGAGGUAUUAUAAUACGAUUUCUGGGCGAGGCAAACACUGAAUGGACCGAGGAACGCAACGUAACGUCCAGUGAGGGCAAGACUGAGAACGAGAUCACACAUCUCAAGGGUCAUGAAGAGUAUUUUAAGAUACAAUACUAUCUGCUCGGCGGUAAAAACAGCUCGGAGACUGAGCUGCCGCCAGGCACACAUACCUAUCCGUUCACUUGUGCCUUGCCCCCUACGUUGCCAUCCUCAUUUGAGGGUGAGUUUGGUCAUGUGCGGUACACAAUUAAAGUUACUCUGGAUAGGCCAUGGAAGUUUGAUCAGGAUAUGAAAAUGGCCUUUACGGUCAUAGCACCUGUUGACUUGAAUCUCAAUCCGCGUGUAAAAGAGCCAUUUAAGCUCGAGUUGGAAAAGGCAUUUUGCUGUUUCUGUUGCCGUUCUGGGCCACUCGCUGUCAUAACGAGCAUACCUCAAACUGGUUAUGUAUCGGGUCAGAUAUUGCCCAUAACCUGUGAGGUUGACAACACAAGCAAUGUGAAUCUCACCGCAGUUAAAUUUGAAUUGCGGAAGCUCGUCACGUUCCAUACCAAUCAACCACGUAGUGAAAAACGCGAGUCAAAGGUGAUAAUUUCGCAAUUAAGUGUUGGACCCGUCAAUGCAGGAGAAUCUCGUACAUUUACCCAACAAAUGGAAAUACCUGCAUUGCCGCCAACCAAUUUACUCAACUGUGGCAUAAUUGCGCUCGACUACGAUUUGCACGUAGAAUGUGAUGUCAGUGGACCUCAUCGUAAUCUCACUGGUAAAGUGCCAAUUACUCUGGGUACAAUACCUCUAGCUGCCUUAAAACCACAGACGGAUGACCCUUCACUGGCCCCAACCCAACCAGUUAGUCCACUUGGUGAUGGCAAUUUGGGCGGUGCUCUUGGCUGGAAUGUCGCAGAUAGCGCAGGCGGCUCCCUUUAUCCCAACAUACCGCCUCCUCAAUUUGUGGAAACACAGUAUCGGGCACCUACCAUAACUGGUGGCGACGACUCGGAGCAUACUCAAAUUAUUGGAGAGAAUACAUUUGCGCCCAGAUAUCCAACUUUUCAGUUUAGGAAUGCUACCGCACCAGCGUUAAGCCCUUAAUUACCUAGUUUUAUAUAAAAUUGCGUUAUUGUCGCAUUUAUACCGAAACGCUUUCCGUCCAAAAGAAAGCAAAAAUAUAUUACUUCGCGCAAAAAAAAUAUUGUAAUUUUGUAAUCUCAGUUGACGCUCAAAUACAAUUUUUAUUGCUCGUAAUAUUCUAUUUUUUAAUUUAUCGACAACAUUUAUUUACUUUUACUUGGUGGUUUAUCAUUGGCCAUUUUAAGACAUUCCUCUUUAAUUUUUUUUCCUUUUUCUUUUUGUGCUUUUCGCUUGGCCUCUUCCUUACACUUGGUUGCCAAAGCCUUUUCCGCUAAUUUCUUACAAUGUUGUUUAAGUCUGUCUAUUAACUUCUGCUUAGCCAUCUUUUCACAUUUCUCCUUCUGCGCUGCCUCCGCGCACGCUUUCUUUAGCUGAUCUUGUUUCGAUUUUUUUGCCACUUUACCACUUCUUUCCCAUGGGGGUUUCUCCCAUGGAGGGACGCAUAGCAC